UAAGGUUAACACUGCGCACCACGCCAAACUUUUAUUCUCUCUCUCUCUCUCUUAAACCCUUCUAAAACCCUCUUUUCUCUCUCUCUCUCUCUCCUCCGGCGAGAUCGCGUCAUGUCGAAGUCGCUGACUUUUAUCCAAACCAAUGCCUCGAAUCCAAAGACAUGGGUCGUGAUCGGCGUGACUGUAGCCGGGAUCGUGAUCUUGGCGGAGACUCGGAAGCGCCGGAUCAAAGCCCUCAGAGAAGAGCACUUCGGUGCCUUUUUAGAUCGUUUCGAGCUUCUUCCUUUUCCUCCGCCUCCUCCUCCAGCCGCUAAACAAACCCUCUCCGGUCUCACCUUCUCCAUCUCCGACGCGUUUGAUAUAAAGGAUUAUAUCACAGGCUUUGGUAGUCCACAGUGGAAGAAGACUCAUGAGGCUGCUGAGAAAACUGCUGUGGUUGUGACUACGCUCUUGAGAAAUGGAGCUACUUGUGUUGCUAAGACUGUCAUGGAUGAGAUGGGUUUUGGGAUAACUGGUGAGAACAAGCACUAUGGCACUCCUAUUAAUCCGUUGAUGCCGUCUAAUGUUCCUGGAGGCUGUUCCAGUGGCUCUGCAGUUUCUGUUGCGGCUGAACUCGUUGACUUUGCACUUGGGAUUGAUACCACUGGGGGUGUUAGAAUCCCAGCAUCAUUUUGUGGUGUUCUCGGCUUCCGACCAUCUCAGGGGACUGUUUCUUCAGUUGGAGUUUUGCCUAAUUCCCAGAGCCUAGAGACUGCGGGAUGGUUUGCACGUGACCCAUCUGUUCUGUGUCAUGUUGGGCACGCCUUACUUAAUCUGAGUGCAGUAACGCAUAAAAGGCAAAGAUCUUUAAUCUUUGCCGAUGAUUUAUUCGAGCUCUCUGAUGUUCCUAAGCAAAAGUCGGUCCACGUUGUCAGAAAAGCAAUCGAAAAUCUACCUGGCUAUCAGCCUCCAAAACAUAUGAAUGUUGGUCAGUAUGUAGCUUCAAACGUGCCAAGCCUUGUGGAGUUCUGUGAGAAAUCUGGUACAUCACAGGAUUCAGCAUCAAGUUUGAAGGCUCUUGCAUCUGUAAUGUUAUCAAUACAAAGGCAUGAGUUCAAAACAAACCAUGAAGAAUGGUCGCAGACAUGCAAGUCGUUUCUAGGCCCACGAUUCUCCAGUGACGUUGUUACAGCUCUGAAGAGUAGAAACGAGAACAUUAAAUCUCUCUACAGGGUUAAAACUGAGACGCGUGCCACCAUUCAAAGCCUUCUAAAGGAAGAUGGAAUUCUGGUGAUCCCCACAGUUGCUGAUCCUCCUCCGAAGCUUAACACAAAGAACAAGAACGCUGUGAAUGAGUUCCUGGAUCGAAAUUAUGCACUCGCAAGCAUUGCUAGCAUGUCGGGUUGUUGUCAGGUUACAGUUCCUUUGGGGAAACAUGGUGACAGUCCAAUCUCCGUGUCGUUUCUAGCUUACUAUGGAGGUGAUAAGUUCCUCCUCGAUACAAUUCUCGAAGUAUAUGCAUCCCUUCAGGACCAAGCCGAUAUUGCAGCCAGCUUAGCUCCAGUGACUGACUCCAAUGGUAUUGAACCUUCUGAAGUUAUGAAGGAAAAGGGAAAUGCAGCAUACAAGGGGAGACAAUGGAAUAAGGCAGUGAGUUGUUACACUGAAGCUAUCAAAUUGAAUGGAGCAAAUGCUACUUAUUUUUGCAAUAGAGCUGCAGCUUACUUAGAACUUGGCCGCUUCCAACAAGCUGAAGAAGAUUGUACCGAGGCUAUAUUGAUCGAUAAGAAGAAUGUGAAAGCAUAUUUGAGACGAGGGACUGCUAGAGAAUCACUUAUACGGUACAAGGAAUCUGCUGCAGAUUUCAAGCAUGCAUUGGUCCUGGAGCCCCAAAACAAGACGGCAAAGAUUGCUGAGAAGAGACUCCGAAAACUCAUGAGUUAAGAGCGAAGAAGAAAAACAGUAUCUUACUUUUUUUCAAACCCUUCCUUGCUUACCAAGCUAUCUUUCGCUUCUCUACAACCCUAAAAGCAAAGGUUUUGAUUGUUUGGUUCAUGAUUUAAUCUCUUAACAGAUUUUAAUGAUUUAGUCAGCCUUAUCAUUAAAUGGAACGAAGCCCAAACUAUAUUACAAAACA